GAGAUGCUUGGCGUACGUAGGCGGGAGGUUGACGGUCAGCUGGGAACUUGACUCCCACGUGUUGAUGAGCUCUCAAUAGAACGCAUACCUGUUCCUCGCCCCUUAUAACCGCCCCCCUCCUUCUUCUCUGCUCACUCACCAAACCAACACACCGAUCCUCCGCAACAACUGCACCUCUUCCCCUGAACACCCUCUCUCUCAACCACCAUAACCUCUCCGCCUUCCCCUCCCCCCCUUCCCUCACACCGCCCAACAUGGUCCUAGGCCACCGCAAAAACACCGGCAGCUCCAGCAAACACGACGACGGCGAAGAAGAAGACGAAACAGUCGUCACGUCCGAGCAAGGCAAUGUCCUCACGCACAUCAUCUCCCAGCUGCGGCCGGGCGCCGACCUGUCGCGCGUCACGCUGCCCACCUUCAUCCUCGAGCCGCGCAGCAUGCUCGAGCGCAUCACAAACUUCAUGGCCCACCCGGAGACCCUGCUGCCCAUGCCGGACAUCGACGACCCCAUCCAGCGCUUCGUCGCCGUCACCAAGUUCUACCUUUCCGGCUGGCACAUCAAGCCGCCCGGCGUGAAGAAGCCGCUGAACCCCAUUCUCGGCGAGACGUUUAUGGGGUAUUGGGAUUACGAGGAUGGGACGAAGGGGUAUUAUAUUUCGGAGCAGACGUCGCAUCACCCGCCCAAGAGCUCGUACUUUUACAUGGCGCCGGAACAUCGCAUUCGCAUUGAUGGGACGCUGAAGCCGCGGAGUAAGUUUUUGGGGAAUAGUGUGGGGAGUUUUAUGGAGGGGAUCGCUGUCAUGCGGUUCUUGAAUAGAGGGGAGCGGUAUUUCAUCACUCAGCCAAACAUGUACGCGCGAGGUAUCCUCUUCGGCAAAAUGAAGUACGAACUUGGCGACCAUGCCCAAGUACGAUGUCCGGAGACGGGGCUGGAAGUGGACAUCGAAUUCAAGGUCAAGGGCUGGGUCAGUGGGACGUACAACAGCAUCGGCGGCUUCAUCAAGGACAAAUCCGGCAAGCAACUCUUCGAGCUCAGCGGUUUCUGGAACGGCGAGAUGAUGAUCAAAGACCUCUCCACCGGCAAGAAAGAGCUACUCUUCGACGCCGCUCACUCCAGACCAAGUUAUCCCAAAAGCAGACCGCUCGAGGAACAGGCGGAGCGGGAAAGUCAGAAGCUAUGGCACACAACCACUGCCGCGAUCAAGAAGGCCGACCAGAGGGUUGCAACGGAUGAGAAGUCGAGGAUCGAAGACGAGCAGCGGAAAGAGGCCGCGGACCGUGGCGAAGAGGCUUGGCAGCCGAAGCUCUUCAAACAUGCACCAGCGGGGGAUGAGGAGAAACUGGACUGGGUGAUUGAUGCGAAGGUGGACAGUGAUGCGCCUGCGGAAAAGCAGAUUCAACAGAUUCUUGCCAUCGCGCCCAUCCUACCGGGACAGACGUGGGAGUCUUUGAAUGCUGCCCCGACGCAGCAACAGCAACAGCCACAGCAGCAGCAACAGCAACAGCAGCAACAGCAACAGCAGCAACAGCAGCAGCA